GCCGGUAGGAGCAGAGCCUGCAGCUGCUCUUGGGCUCUCCUGCUGCCGCGCUCCCUUGAUGGGCUGGAGCUGUGCUCUGGGUAGCGAUUUGGAGAAGGAUUCUUUGGGCUAGUCUUCUGGAUCCGUCCUCUCCCUGCCUGCUUAGCCCUUCGCUGUCUUCAGAACCACCCGGCUCGCCGGAGAGGUGCGGUUGGCCUUGUCUUGGGUCUCUGACGUGACCUGCCCUGCUAGGAGGAGACUCCUUUGGCACGUUGGGGAGUGUUUGAUACUGACACUUUCCCCUCCCUCCCCGUACUUUCCAUCCUUGCUCCAGACGGAAAAUGAAUGAUCUCAGCCUGCCUGUGGAAUGGAGUCAGCUGGCACCCAGCAGAGCCUGAAGGAGCCUCUGAAGCUGAAGUGUGAACUUGCUUCUCCUCUGCAAUGUUAUAAGCUGCCCAGCGGUUCUCUUUGUGGUGCCAGCCUCUCUGGUCCACUAACUGCUGCAGGGAUCUAGUUUCAUCUUCACCUUUCUGUGCCUCUAAGGGGCUGGAUCACAAGUCUUUCCUAUGGCUGGGAUAUACAGCUCUACUCUGAAGACCCUGGAGGAUUUAACCUUGGACUCUGGUUAUGGGGCAGGGGAUUCCUGCAGAUCCCUUAGUCUCUCUUCUUCUAAGUCCAACUCCCAAGCCUUCACAUCAUCUCAGCACAGGGGCAACUGGUGGUACUAUUCAGGCUCCAUGAAUAGUAGGAAUAACAGCUGGGAUACAGUGAACACUGUUCUGCCAGAAGACCCUGAAGUUGCAGACAUCUUUUCCAAGUGUCCUAAACUGCCAGAUCUAGAGGAAUUCCCUUGGACCGAUGAAGACAUUGGGAAAAUACUCAGAAAAGGAAAGGGGGAAGGAAAUACCAGAAACUUUUCUCAGGAAGCUGUCAGGAGACUCUCUCAGCUACUUAGGAGAGCCCUGAUCAGGAUCUCCAGGGAGGCCCAACGUCUGAGUGUGAUGCAUUCCAAAUGCACGAGAUUUGAGGUCCAAAGUGCCAUGAAGCUCAUCCAGAGCUGGUCACUGUCAGAAAGCUGUGUCCUGGCUACUGUCAAGGCUCUUUCCCUGUACAGUAUGAGUGCAGGAGAUGGAUUGAGGAAAGGCAAGUCCUCCCGAUGUGGCCUCACCUUCUCAGUGGGGAGGUUUUUCAGGUGGAUGGUGGACACUAGGAUCUCGGUAAGGAUUCAUGAGUAUGCAGCUAUCUCUUUGACGUCUUGUAUGGAGAAUCUGGUGGAAGAAAUCAAAGGCAGGGUUCUAGCGAGUCAGAGCCCAGAUGGAGGAGGAGUGGGGGAGAUCUCCUCUGAAAUCCUUGAGAUGGUCAUCAACAAUGAUGCUGAACUUUGGGGAGUACUGCAGCCUUACGAGCAUCUCAUCUGUGGGAAAAAUGCUAAUGGUGUGCUGUCUCUGCCUGCCUACUUCAGCCCCUACAAUGAUGGCUCCAUAAGCAGUGAUGGACGGGCCGAUGCUUAUGCCCAGCUGGAGCUCCGAACCUUGGAACAGUCUCUCUUGGCGACUUGUGUUGGAAGCAUCUCAGAACUAAGUGACUUGGUAUCGCGAGCAAUGCACCACAUGCAAUGUUUGACCACCCUCCGCCCCGGCAUGAGCCCUAUCCGGCAAACCAGGCAACAGCAGCCCAUUACUUGGUCCCCUGAUGCCCUCCAUACCCUCUACUACUUCCUACGCUGUCCUCAGAUGGAGUCCAUGGAGAACCCCAACCUGGAUCCGCCAAGGAUGACCCUGAACAAUGAACGGCCCUUCAUGCUUCUGCCCCCGCUGAUGGAGUGGAUGCGAGUGGCUAUCACCUACGCUGAGCAUCGGCGCAGUUUAACUGUGGACAGCGAUGAUAUCAGGCAGACGGCCAGGCUGCUCUUACCGGGACUGGACUGCGAACCACGGCAGCUGAAGCCUGAAUGCUGUUUUAGCUCCUUCCGAAGACUGGACGCUAAGGCUGCUACUGAAAAAUUCCAGCAGGACCUGGGUUUCCGAAUGUUAAAUUGUGGAAGGACUGAUCUGAUCAACCAAGCUAUAGAGGCGCUGGGACCUGAUGGGGUUAACACAAUGGAUGAUCAGGGUAUGACCCCACUAAUGUACGCCUGUGCUGCUGGAGACGAAGCCAUGGUCCAGAUGCUGAUUGAUGCCGGAGCAAAUUUGGAUAUACCAGUUCCUGGCAGCAAUCCCCGAUACCCCUCAGUCCAUCCCGACAGCCGGCACUGGACUGCGCUCACCUUUGCUGUUCUACAUGGACACAUCUCCGUAGUUCAGCUGCUCUUGGAUGCUGGUGCCCAUGUUGAGGGCUCCGCUGUUAACAGCGGUGAGGACAACUAUGCUGAGACCCCACUUCAACUGGCUUCAGCAGCAGGGAACUACGAGCUGGUCAGUUUGUUACUGAGCAGGGGCGCAGACCCCCUCCUGAGUAUGCUGGAAGUCAAUGGGAUGUCCUCAUCGCUUCACGAAGACAUGAACUGCUUUAGUCACUCAGCCGCACAUGGGCACAGAAACGUGCUACGCAAGCUCCUGACCCAGCCCCAGCAGUCGAAGGGAGAUGUUCUCUCGCUGGAGGAGAUUUUAGCUGAGGGAGUAGAGAGUGACACCUCCAGCCAGGACAGCUCCAACGAGGGGCAGGUCAGGCUGUGUAAAACCAGGAUGAAGGCCCUGCAGGAGGCUAUGUAUUACAGUGCUGAGCAUGGCUACGUGGACAUCACCAUGGAGCUCAGGGUACUCGGAAUCCCGUGGAAGCUUCAUGUGUGGAUUGAGUCAUUACGGACAACCUUCUACCAGUCUCGCUAUUCCGUCGUGCAGAACCUCUUAAGGGAGUUUGUGACUAUUAAGGAAGAGGACUAUAACGAAGAGCUGGUUAACGAAGGGCUGCAGCUAAUGUUUGAUAUCCUCAAGACCAGCAAAAAUGAUUCUAUCAACCAGCAGCUUGCAGCCAUCUUCACCCACUGCUAUGGCAGCAGUCCUAUACCCAACAUUCCUGAAAUACAAAAGACGUUGCCGGCCCGGCUUGAUCCUCACUUUCUAAACAAUAAAGAAAUGUCUGACGUAACUUUUCUAGUGGAAGGAAAGCUGUUUUAUGCACACAAAGUCCUGCUGGUUACUGCUUCCAACAGGUUUAAGACCCUGAUGACCAAUAAAACAGAACUAGACAGCCAAGGCAGUAAGACUGUUGAAAUUAGUGAUAUGAAAUACAAUAUUUUCAAGAUGCUGAUGCAGUAUUUAUAUUAUGGAGGAACAGAAUCUAUGGAAAUUCCCACAGCUGAUAUCCUAGAGCUGCUGUCCGCCGCCAGCCUGUUUCAACUGGAUGGCCUCCAAAGACACUGUGAAAUCUUAUGUGCCCAGACCAUCAGCAUGGAGAGCUCUGUUAACAUCUAUAAAUAUGCAAAGAUUCACAGUGCACCUGAACUGGCCUCGUUCUGCGAGGGCUUCUUCCUCAAACACAUGAACUCUCUGCUGGAACAGGACUCGUUCCGACAGCUCAUCUAUGGCAGGAACAGCAAGGUGCAGGGUCUGGACCCUCUGCGGGACCUGCAGACAGCACUGGCCAGUCGACUGCAUUCUACUUACAUCACCUCAAGAGUGUGAGGAGGGGCAAAGCAGCAGCAGGAACACUAGGGCAUCUAGGUUGGUCUUAUGGAACCACCGGCUCAUGCUGAAAGUCCCCACAAGCUGAC